AUGGAGGGAAGUCUAACUUUGAUUCUCGACGAAAAUCGCAUUGAAGCGAGUAAAAGGAAACUUGCGAAUAAGAGUCGUUACUUCGCAUCCCUUUUUUCGCACAAUUUCAAUGAUUCUCAUAGCAAGGAACACUCUAUAAAUUACGAUAUUGCUUUGCCUACUUUACAGAAUUUUGUCGAAUGGAUUCACGACGAUGAGGAAUGCGUAGACGUGCAUUGCCAUUCUGUGAAAGUUUCUAUGACAAAGUUUGUAGAAGACAAUUUUACGGAAUUAUUAAAUUUGAUACAACUGAGUGUACUAUUCAUGGUUGAUGAAUUAACAAACGAUAUUGUAGAUAUUAUAGUUUUGUGCUGGUUGAUGCCAGAUAAAGUAAUCGAUGUAUGGCUAUUAGCACAAGAGCUGAAUGUGAAGGUAUUACAGGACAUCUGUCUGUCUGUAUGUUUAGACCGUUUCGAUGAACUUCCAUUACCUUUGCUUGUUGAAUUGAAUAAAGAGAACAUUACUUAUCUAUUACAAAAUGUUAACACAAGAGCAUCUAGCGAAUAUUUACGUUUUGUCAGAAAUGAAUGGAUACAGCAUCACACGACAUCAGAUAUUCCCGAUGUGAGGGAGGAAAGACAAUUCACGCUUAUACAGGGUGUAGUUGUGUACAAAAUAUACGAGUACAUUAAUAAGGAUACAUACUUGUACACUUGGAAUGGUAAUAGUUUGUCUAAAUGUGUACAAUUAAAAACUGUGCAAGACUCGGAGAAAGGGAUUAUUGGGAUGCAAGUUACUGGUAGAGGUUUCAGUGUAUAUACAAUUGGGGGAGAAAUGGGUUUAGGAACUGGAAAAUUUAAUCAUAUUAUUUGGCGUUACUGCCUAAUAUCUAAGAAAUGGUACUAUCAGACGAAAUUGCCAGUUCCAAGGAGACAUAUGGUUGCUGUGUUUUUGAAAAAUAGAUUGGUAAUAGCAGGUGGUGUAGGAAGGCAUAGAUUGAAGUUAUAUACUGUUGAUAUUCUUGACAUUCAUACAGGUAUAUGGAGCAGGGGGGCGAAAGUUCCCGAAAGUUUUACCGAGGUUCCUCCUUAUUGCGUUAUGGACGGAAAACUAUAUUUGAUAAAGUCUGCAUUGUAUAUUUAUUAUCCAAAUGAAAAUUACUGGAAAACUAUACUGAUUUACAGUAACCCCGCUGUACAACAGGUCGACGCGUGUCUUGCUUAUAGCGCAACCUUAUUUCAAAUCGGUGAUGUGCUGGACGAGGCGGUUGUGUCCAGAGUCGACGUCGUGAGAGACUCGCAUUGCGAGAAAGAAAACUGUAUGAAACAACAGUGUUUUGAACAUAGUAUAAUAAAGACCGAGAACAUCGUGCACGAGGAUGACUCAUGCGAAUUAAGAUACGCUCAGGUAGCCGGUAUGGGUGUAAUGGUACUGAAUGAUCAUCGUCAUGAAAAAUACCAGUAUUUGCAUGUACAUAUAGAAUUUAGAAGAGAUUUUGGAAAUUCCGUCAUUCCCCGAACGGGGUGUUUCAAGAUCAUUGAUCCUGACACUUUGUACGACACUAUAUAAUUGUAGUUUCCUUUUGUAUCUGUACAUACACGUUUUUUGCAUCUGUAUAAUACUGAAAUA